AUGGCCGACGCCGACCUCUACGCCGUCCUGGGGCUCAAGAAGGAGUGCUCCGACGCCGACCUCAGGCUCGCCUACCGGAGGCUCGCCAUGACAUGGCAUCCGGACCGGUGCUCGGCGUCCGGCAGCUCCGCGCGCGUGGAGGAGGCCAAGGAGCGGUUCCAGGAGAUCCAGAGCGCAUACUCCGUGCUCUCCGACUCCGGCAAGCGCCUCCUCUACGACGUCGGCGUCUACGACAGCGACGGCGACGGCCGCAGCGAGCAAGACGUGUCGGGGAUGGGCGACUUCUUCGGGGAGAUGGCGGAGAUGAUGAGCCAGGCCACGCCAACCGAUAGCUUCGAGGAGCUGCAGCAGCUGUUCGUGGACAUGUUCCAGGCCGACCUCGUCGCCGGUGGGUUCGCGUGCGGUGCGCCACCUAUGGGCCGCCGGGUCCAGGCCCCGGCCCCGGCCCCGAGUCCAUCCUGUACCUCUGGACCUACGUUUGCGCAAGCACGGCCGUCGAGUAACAAUGGCGUCAACAAGCGGUGUUCCCCGGCGAUGGGCUCCGGGAUGCCGGCCUCAUGGACGACGCAGGAGGACGCGAGCAUCGGCGGCAGGAAUAAGAAACAGAGGCUGUCGACGGGCCACGGCGUGUCGUCCUAG